UAUUGCAAUGACGGUGAAAAACUUUGAAAGAUUACUUUAUUUCAGUAUCCUGCUUGUUGCUUUGCUGCUGUUCCAGGGAGACAUGACUGCUGGGUGUCAGUGCCCUGAUACAUCCUGUAUGCAGCUCGCCCAUACAGCUCGCCGAUGUGAGUGCUGUGUGUUUACAUUCCUCGGGAAAAGAUCCCCAAAGCCUGCUGUCAACGCUUAUUCCAAGAAGGAGUCCAUUUCUUCGUAUUCGUCAUUUGCAGACCAGAACAUUGCCAAUAUUGACUACUGGUUCCGACUUUCAGGGCUUUCAGACAUGACAGAGACUUAGUUUUGUCAUGAGGUUACAGUUUAUUGUUCGCCUAAAAUACGAGACUCAUUAGAAUGCACAAUGUAUACAAGUAAAAAAAAGUAUUAUAUGAAAUAUCAAUAAAAACAUAUUUACCGUUGCUGUGGUUAUUAUG